GCGACAGAGGGUGACACCGGGAGAAAGGUGACAGCGACAGCGCGUAACAACGACAUCGGGUGACAACGCCGGCGGACUCGGCUUGUAGAGACAGCUGCAGUCCUCCCGCACUGCAAUGCCUCGGCGCUCCCCGCACGGAGCUCGGUGGUGCGGCCCCAUUGCGGGCCCGGCGGCGCGGGCGGGGGCGGCGGCAUUCCAUAGGGCCGGGCUUCCGUAGGCUGGGCUUCCAUAGGGCCGGCUUUCCAUAGGGCACAUUUCCACAGGGGCGGCUCUCCAUAGGGCGCGUUUCCAUAGGGACUGCGGGAGCCGCUCCCGCCCCGCCGCCGCCCGCUUCCCCACACGUCGCCGCCGGCCCCGGGAGGUGCGGGGGCCCUGCGCAGGAGGCUCCACCUUGCUAUGAGCAGCCAAGAUGGAUCCAGAAGAGCAGGAUUUACUUGGGGAUUACAGAUACAGGAAUUAUUCUUCAGCAAUUGAGAAAGCUUUGAGGAACUUUGAGUCAUCCAGUGAAUGGGCAGAUCUGAUCUCUUCCCUUGGCAAGCUCAAUAAGGCUCUGCAGAGUAACUUGAAGUAUUCUCUGCUGCCCAGAAGAUUGAUCAUCAGUAAAAGAUUAUCCCAGUGCUUGCACCCAGCCCUGCCCAGUGGGGUGCACUUAAAGGCUUUAGAAACCUAUGAAAUAAUCUUUAAAAUCAUUGGCACAAAAUGGCUUGCCAAGGAUUUAUUCUUGUACAGCUCUGGUUUGUUCCCUCUGCUGGCAAAUGCAGCAAUGUCAGUGAGACCUGUUCUCCUUGGCUUGUAUGAGAAAUAUUUUCUCCCUCUGCAAAAAUCCCUCCUGCCUGGUCUCCAGGCCUUUGUAAUUGGGCUGCUGCCUGGCUUGGAAGAAGGAUCAGAAAUUUAUGACAGAACAGAUGCUCUGCUGGUGAAGCUGUCCCUGCUGAUGGGCCAGGAGGUGUUUUAUGGAGCUCUCUGGGGCAGUGUCCUGGGCAGCCCCUCCAUCAGGCUCCCUGCUUCCCUCUUCGUUGUCAGCCACAUCAACAGAGAACUCUCUGGCAAACAGCAGAAAUUCAUGCUUGGCACUGAUUAUAAACUCACUAUAAAGUCUUUGUGCGUGUCAGUGCUGGAUUCCAAUGUUCUUGUGCAGAGGAACACUCUGGAAGCAAUCCUCUUCUUUUUCCCAUUUUAUACAGCUUUGGACUGCAAGGAAAGCACCAUCGUGCUCAGGAGGGCUGAUCUGGUUUAUAUCCUGUCAGCAGCCACUCAGACACUGCUGAGGAGAGACAUGUCCCUCAACAGGAGAUUGUAUGCAUGGCUGCUAGGUUCUGAUAUUAAAGGUGGCACUUUUGCUCCAGACUCCACCACUUCUGAAGACCAUGCUGUUUACUUCUUUGGAAAAUACUCUAAAGAUCUUUUGGUUGAGAGUUUGAUUGUGAUUCUGCAUCAGAAAUUCCCAGAGGCUGACCCAGAGGAGCAGCACCAGGCUUACCUCAAACCCUUCCGGAUCCUCAUCAGCCUCCUGGACAAACCUGAAAUAGGGCCACAGGUUGUUGGGGAUCUCUUCUUGGAAGUUCUUAGAGCUUUUUAUUCCUACUGCAAAGACACCCUGGGUUCUGAUCUCAAACUCAGCUACAAUCAAAGUGGCAACACCCUGGCAAGUGCAAUCAAAGAGAACAAAAAUGCUUCAGAAAUUGUCAAAACAGUGAAUUUGUUGAUCACAUCCUUAAGCACUGAUUUCCUCUGGGACUACCUGACCAAAUGCUUUGAAGAUUGUUUCAGAAACAAAUCCACAGGGAUGAGGUAUCCUCUGGAAAAUGUGAGCACUCCUCCUACCAUUUCAGAGCUCUGCACUCUGCUGGUGUUCCUGCUGGAUGUGAUUCCUCUGGAGCUCUACUCAGAAGUGCAGACUCAGUACCUGCCCCAGAUGCUCAGCUACAUGGUGCAGUCUCUCCUGGAAAACAUGGAAGUCUUGGGACUGCCAGAACUCACUCAUGCCUUAAAAACCUGUUUUAAGGUGCUCAGCAAGGUGCAAAUGCCCCCUUCCUACCUGGACAUCGAGACAGGCAGUGGCAAUGGGAGCCCAGUGCCAAAGGAAGAUAUGGAAAUAACCCUGGAGACCAAACCUGGGCUGCCAGAGGAGGAGGAGGCUCCAUUCCCCACCCUCAAGUCAGAGGACAGUGGCAUUGGCCUGAGUGCCUCCUCCCCAGAGCUGUGCCAGCACCUGGGGGUGCCCACGGUGACCCUGGAGAGAGAUGAUGUCUGGAAAAAAGGAGGGAGCAUCCAGAAAACUCUGCACUGCAUCCAGGAGCUGGUGGCCAAGUUUGCCAGCAAAUACAUUUUUGGGAUGCAGCUCCAAGAAAUGAGUCCUGAAGGGAUUGCAGCAAUAAAUCUGGGUGGGAAGGAGAAAAAGGAGAAUGGCUACAGGUUACCUGAGAGUGGCAACAAGAAAAAGAGUCCCUGGGAUGGCAAGCAAAUCACUGUGCCUCAGGUGAAACAAAUGCUCUCAGAGCUGUUCUCAGCCCGGAGCUCGCCCUUCAGGAGCAAGAAUUCCACUGCUCUCCUCUCUGAACACAAAAAGGAGAAAGAGGAGGAGGAGUGGGACCUGGAGCUGGUGCUGGGACCCCUCAGAGGGGACUGCAAGGAAGCUUUCUCUGCAGCUUGUCACCUGCUGCUGGAUUGUACCACAUUCCCAGUUUACCUGUCUGAGGAGGAGACGGAACAUUUGUACCUUUCUCUGUUUCAGGACCCUGGAGGUGAUCCCAGCUUCCCUCUGUGGCUGAAGUCCCUGAUGACGAUCUGCUGCUGUGUCAAUGACUGCUACGUGCAGAAUGUGUCCAUCUUCACCCUCCUGGAGGUCAUCAACCACUCCCAGUCCCUGGCACUGGUGAUUGAGGACAGGAUGAAGAGGUACAAAGUGUCUGGCCACAACCCUUUCCUUGGCAAGCUGCAGAUGGUCACCCUUCCUCCCAUUGCUCCUGCAGUCCUGAAGAUGAUCUCAGAGAAAACAGAUUUCUACCAGAGAGUUGCCUGUGUGCUCUGGAAUCAGCUGAACAAGGAGACUCGGGAGCACCACAUUGCCUGUGUGGAAUUGUUCUACAGACUUCACUGCCUGGCUCCCUCAGCAAAUAUCUGUGAGGACAUCAUCUGCCAGGCCCUUCUGCACCGGGAUAAAGGAACAAGGCUAGAAGCUCUGUUCAGAUUCUCUGUCAUGUGGCACCUGACCAGAGAGAUCCAAGGCAGCAGAGUGACUUCCCACAAUCGCUCCUUUGAUAGGUCGCUGUUCGUGGUGCUGGACAGCCUGACGUGCUCGGACGGGGCCAUCGGCGCGGCGGCGCAGGGCUGGCUGCUGCGGGCGCUGUCGCUGAGCGAUGUGGCGCGGAUCCUGGAGCCCGUGCUGCUGCUGCUGCUGCACCCCCGCACCCAGCGCACCUCCCUGGGCUGCCUCAGGCACCGCGCCUCCCCAGACUAUGUUCGUGAUUGGCUUUGCAAGAAAAAGACCCCUCUGAAAGAGUCUGGCAUCUCUGAGAGCAAUUCUGAGGAAAACCUUCCCUUGAGCCAGUUCACUGCUGUGGACAGAGAAGCAAUUUGGGCAGAAGUGGAAAAUGAUCCAGAGAAAGCAGAGCUAAAAGCUGAGCAGCCUGAAAAUGAUGGCUCUUCCCAGGACACGGAGGGCGACCAGGACAACAGCGAGCACACGGAGUCUGCAGACACCAGCACAGGCCAUGACAGUGACAACACCUCCUCCUUGUCCCCUUCCCUGGAGCUGCAGGAGGUGAGCAGCGAGGACAAGGAGGCUGCAGCUGAUGGCAGAGAGGCUCCAGGCCACGGGAAUUCCCUCAGUGCCUCCGAGAGCUCCAGAUCCAGCGCGGGGCUCAACCUCGUCAGGGCCGACUCCGAGAGGACUCAGGCCUCGGAGUCUCUGUCCAGUGACGAGGAGAUGGAGCUGGAGCUGCAGGAGAUGGCUCACUGCAGGCUGCUGAGGCAGCAGAAGGAGAAGCAGGAGCUGGCAGAGGCCCUGUUCAAGCACAUGCUGCUGUACUUGCAGCCCUACGACUCCCGGCGGGUGCUCUACGCCUUCUCCGUGCUGGAGGCCGUGCUCAAAACCAACCCCAAGGAAUUCAUCGAGGCUGUGGCCACCACCAGCAUGGACACCAGCUCCACAGCGCACCUGAACCUCAUCUACAACCUCUUGGCUCGCCACCAGGAAGCUCUGGUAGGGCAGAGCUUUUAUGGGAAGCUGCAGCCUCAGUCCCCCACGGCGUGUCCGCACUCGCUGCUGAUCGAGCUGCUCACCUCGCUGUGCCUGAGCUUCCUGCGCUCCUACUACCCCUGCUGCCUGCAGCUCAGCCACAGGGACCUGCUGGGCAACAGGGACGUGCAGGUGAAGAGCGUGGAGGUGCUCAUCAGGAUGAUGGCCCAGCUGGCCACCACGGCCAAGGCGGCCGAGCCCAGGAACGUGGAGCUGAUCCGCGAUCUGCUGGGAAGGUGCCAAGUGCAGGAGCUGGUGCUGCUCUCGCUCUCGGCCUCCAUGUACGUCAGCCACAAGCGCUACCAGCUCCUGGCUGAUGGGGCCAACCACCAAGAGCAAGAGCUCUUCGAGGAGAGCCUGAUCAAUUUUGGCCACGAUCAGAUCUGGAGCGAGCACCCUCUCCAGAUUGAGCUGCUGAAGCUGCUGCAGGUGUUGAUUGUCCUGGAGCACCACCUUGGCCAGAGGCCUGAGGAGCAGGAGAGCCAGCCAGACCUGUCCAAGGAGUGGCAGCAGGCUCUGAACUUCCAGCAGGCCAUUGGGGCCAUGCAGUACGUGUACCCACACCCUAUCACCUCCCAGGGCUUGUUUGUCUCUGCCGUGGUGAGGGGGCUCCAGCCCGAGUAUGGCCAUGGCAUGCAUCCCACCUGGGUGGGCUUGGUCACCAGCUCCCUGCCCUACUUUGGGAAGUCCUUAGGCUGGACCGUGGCCCCAUUUGUGGUGCAGAUCUGUAAAAACCUGGAUGAGCUUGUCAAGCAGUAUGAAAAUGAAGCUGUGAAGACUUCUGCCAAAACAUCUGCCAGCUUCACUUCUAAAAGAGAAAAUGUGACUCCUGAUUAUCCCCUCACCCUUCUGGAAGGGCUGACAACCAUCGGGCACUUCUGCCUUCUGGAUCAUCCCCAUCCAACAAAAAAGUCAUCCUGUUCAGCUGAACCUGCCAACCUGAGGAAUGCCAGGAAUGCCAUCCUGGAGGAGCUGCCCCGAAUAAUGAACACCAUGAGCCUCCUCUGGAAUGUCAUCAAGAGGGAAGACUCCCAGAAAAGACCAACUGACUUCUUUGGGACAACUAAAGGCUCCUCUUCAGUCUACUUUAAAGCAACCAAAACACUAAGAACAAAAAUAUUGGACUUCCUGAAUCCCUUGACAGCACACCUUGGAAUCCAGCUGAUGGCAGCAACUGCAGCAGUGUGGAACAGCAAAAAACCUCACAGAAGUCACAGUAAAACCAAGAUUCUCCCAGUGGCCAGUGCAUCCCAGCUCAUUCUCGUGGACUUAAUUUGUGCCCUGAAUACAUUGAAAAUUGACACCAUCUUGUAUCUGGUCAAAGAGGUGGUGAAGAAACCAGCACAGAUCAAGGGGGAAGAGGAGGUGACCCAAAAGAUUCUGGAGGCUGUGGGGACCAUUGCUGGUUCUUCCCUGGAACAGACCAGUUGGCUGAGCAGGAAUUUGGAAGUGAAAGCUCAGCCUCAGAUUUUACCAGAUGAAUUCAACAUGGAGGAUGUCAAUGAUACAUCAGUGGUACCAUCUUCAAUGGUUUCUGCCUCUGCUCCUUCAAUCUACAGUGUCCAAGCCCUUUCUCUCCUGGCAGAGGUGCUGGCCUCGCUGCUGGACGUGGUGUACCGCAGUGAUGAGAAGGACAAGGCCGUGCCCCUCAUCUCCCGCCUGCUCUACUUCGUGUUCCCCUACCUGCGGAACCACAGUGCCUACAACAUUCCCAGUUUCCGUGCUGGUGCUCAGCUGCUGAGCUCCCUGAGUGGAUACGCCUACACCAAGAGAGCCUGGAAAAAAGAAGUGCUGGAAUUGUACAUGGAUCCAUCUUUUUUCCAGAUGGACACUUCCUGCACUCACUGGAGAUCCAUCAUUGAUCAUCUCCUCACACAUGAGAAAACCAUGUUUAAGGAUUUAAUGACCAUGCAGAGCAGUGCCCUGAAGCUGUACCCCAGCUUUGAGCAGAAGGCCAUGCUGCUGAAGCGCCAGGCGUUCGCCGUCUUCAGCGGGGAGAUCGACCAGUACCACCUGUACCUGCCCCUGAUCCAGGAACGCCUGACUGAGAACCUCCGCGUGGGCCAGACUUCUCUGGUGGCUGCCCAGAUGUUUCUCUUCUUCAGAGUUCUCUUGUUGAGGAUUUCCCCUCAACAUCUCACCUCGUUGUGGCCAAUCAUGGUCACAGAACUGAUCCAGACAUUUCUACAGCUGGAGGAAGAUUUAACUGAGGAAGAGGAACCAGCAAAGAGCAACAGCAAAAUCAGCAAAGCCAAAGGCUCGGGGGAUGGCAGCGGGGCUGAGAUCCAGCCCAAGGAGCUGUGCCUGUACCUGGCAGCCUGCAAAUUCCUGGACACAGCACUUUCCUUCCCCCCUGACAGGAUGCAGCUCUUCCAAAUGUACAAAUGGGCCUUUGUGCCAGAGGUGGACACAGAAUCAUCUCCUGUCACCUCCCACCUGGUGGAAAACCACCAGGAAUGCCAACCACACAUCGUGAGGAUCAUGGAUCUGCUCAGGAUGAAAUAUGGGGACCCAGAGCACCCCGAGGGAGCUGCCAGGAAUCCCAAAUUCCCCCUGCUGAGCCUGCGCUCCGUGUCCAGCAUCACCCAGCUGCUGCCUUUCUUCCAGACUCUGUGCUGGGCCUUCACAGCCCGAGGCAGUGACCCCCACAAUUCCCACCCCUCUGCAGCUGCCUCCGUGGAUUCUCUUGGCAGCAACAGCAGCAGGAUCCUGCAGCAGCUGGAGGACAGUGUGGAAUGUGACUUCCUGGAAAAUAUGGAAAGUUGAGCCUCACCUGGGACACUCCUGCUGGAUCAAACACAGGGAAAGCUUGGCUGAAAUUCCAUUUUUUUUCCCCCAAAUUUCCAGCUACGUUUUGGGAUUUCUCUUCUAUUAUUCAGGAGCUGGUGGUAAAAAGCAGGAAUCUCCUGUUGCUGUGGUGGGAAAAAAGGGCAGUUUGGUGGGAAUUUCUCAGAGUUCCUGUGUUUUAUUUGUUUUCCAUGGGAAGGAUUAAAGACAUUUUGUACAUAGGGGAAGAAUAUUUUGAACUUGGUGGAAGCAGCAGCUGUCCUGGGACUUCUCCCGGACUUUAAAGUGCUUUUGGAACUGUGUCCUGAAGGAAAAUUGAAGGAAAAUCCAAUAUUGCAUGUUAGUGUACAAUCAGUUUGCAGCGAGUCAUUUCCUGAGGUGAAAUCCCUUAAUUUGACCUAAAUUGAUCAAAUUCCAAACAAAUGCCCCAAAUUCCUCACAGAUGGAUUGGCUGAGUCUCAUCAUUGUGCAAGGAGCUGCAGCUUUUCCCUGGCUGUAAUUUCAGCUCUGUGCUAGAACAGCAUCUUCAGGCGUAGCAAAUCCUUAUAAAUCAGAAAUGUGCAUAAAACACAAACCUUUGCAGGAACAUUUUGUAAUUUGCAUUACUUGAGGGGGUUUUUAUUUUAAUUAAUUGAUUAAAAGAUUUAAAUUAAUAUUUUUUAAAUUAUAAACUUUUGUUCUUUCAGUGACUCAGGUGGCUGCAGCUUCUGAAAUGCAACUAAAUGAAGAUAAUGCUGUAAAAAUAGAAAUUGCUUAACUAAAAUGAAAAUAAUAUUCUUUUUUUGUUUUUGUAAGAACAUUUUUUGUACAAAAGAAUGUAUUUGGCUGUUCCUGGAUGGUGAGAGAGGUAGGGGGAUCAUCCCAGUGCUUUUCCUAAAUUAAAAAGGACAUGGGAAAAAUUUGGUUGGGAAUCAAGGAUUUCUUUUUCCCAAACUCUCAUAACAACGAGGGAGGCUUCUCUGCAGUGGGUUUUAGGUACAGAUGGAUGAGAUUUUCAUCUUGGGUUUAUAAACUAAAAUAAUGAAACAUCCUUUACUCUUGCACUGGAAUACUGUACAAAAAUAACAGCACAAUAGGCUUGUGCUAAACUUAUUUAAAUCCUUUGCAUUUUUACAGUGAACGAAAGUGGUGGACUGAGGUGUGGUCAUUAAGAAUGUGAAUUGUUUCUAUUAAUAUAAUUUAUUAAUGGUCUCUAAUGCUGUUGGAAUGAGCACAAGUGGAAAGUUUCCCUUUGAAAGCAUUACUUGAAUAUUGGAGCAGGCCACUGUUAAAAUGUUGGUGUUUAUUUCCUACCUGUCUGCAAUAAUUGUUAGGGAUAAUCUGAACACUCAGGAUGGUUUGGUACUUUCAGUUUCCUGCUGGUUGCAUUCCAUACUUGGAUCUUUCCCUUAAAAUGCUCAGAAAGGAGAGCAAGGUUAGAUGGGGUGUUGGGAAGGAAUUCCUGGCUGGGAGGGGCUGGGAUGGAAUUCCCAGAGCAGCUGUGGCUGCCCCUGGAGCCCUGGCAGUGCCCAAGGCCAGGUUGGACACUGGGGCUGGAGCAGCCUGGCACAGGGGAAGGUGUUGUCCUGCCAUGGCAGGGGUGGCACUGGGUGGGCUUUGAGGUCCCUCCAACCCAAAUCAUUCUAGGAUUCCAUGAUUCUGUUAUUCCAUCAUUCUAUCCAAUGGUGUUAAAAUCUAAGAGAACUUUUUGUCAUUAAACUGCUUUCAGUGGCAUCAGACAUUUAAGGAAUUUGCAGAAUCCUUCCACUUCAGAAGAAAAAGUUCUUUAAAAUUUAGUAUCCAAGUAGAUCUUUUAUAAAUAGCAUGUGAAAAAGGAGGAAAGGGCUUUAACUAAAAGUCCUGCUUGAGUGCUGGAGGGGCACAGUUCCACAGGUCAAAAGGGGAGUAUUUUAUUCCUUUAUUCCAUAACUAUUACUUUCCCAUGUGGGACUAACUGUGGUUGUUUUCUCCUACUGAUAAAUCCACUGAGGAGCCGCAGCAGGGCUCUCCUGCUCUGAGCUGGUCCUACCAAAGCAGAACAACCUCGCUGUCCAUGAAUCUGGAAACAUUUUGCCUGGAACUCCAGACAUCCUCUCCUGUUCCAGGACAGGAAAUGCUUUUGCUUUGCUGUGAUUUUGCUUUUCAGUCUAACCAAGCUCAGCUUUGUCUUUUGGACACUUCAGCUCCAAUACAGCAGAAAGCGCUCAGAGGGAGACUUGGAAAUAUUCCAAAGGAUUUCAUUGUCCUGAAAGAAAAAAAUCAGGAGGUGCAACCAAGGUAAACUGCUGAAGAGCAGCAGGACUUGAAGUGUAGAGCAUUAAGUGAUGGUUGUGUAUCCCAUACCAUACAUGAAUGUAAUUCUUCUAUUAAUAUUAAAUGUUAUUUUGCAAUGCCUUUUCAAA